CAGAGUGAUAAUCAACCUGAUUCAACAGGUGGCAACUCCCUUCCUUUGCCUGACAUUAUGCCAAACCAUGCCUCCAAACCAAGUGUUUCCAUUCGGCGCCACAAGAGCACCACAGAUUUGCCCUACAGUCCUCAGCGUGGGUAUAUGCGCGGUCAGAGAACCAGUAUCUGCGCCCCUACCGAGGCCGAGCUGGCGUUGAUGAGGCGUUGCUCUUUACGUGAGCCGAACGCUCGUCCAUGUUGCCGCCAUGCUCUUAGCGUUCCCAACAUGGCAAGUCCGUGCACAAGCCCACUGUGCAGCACCCCAUCCCGCAGUGCACUUUGCACACCUGUACGAGACAUAGAGUGCAGUGCUAAAGCACGCAACAAGCUAAUAGAGAGUGAAAACGCACAGACUCCUACUUGCCCACCGGAGCUUCGUGAACAAUGUCGCUACGUCUCCAAAGAUGGAAAGUGUAGGGUAGACUUGGCACACAUGGCUGAGAAGGAACGAUUCCUGGCUGACAUCUUCACUUCUUUUGUGGAUCUUCAGUAUAGAUGGUUUCUUUUCGUGUUUAUGAUGUGCUACACAGUCACUUGGUUUAUUUUCGCAGGGCUUUAUUCGCUAAAUGCAUUGUUGCGUGGAGAUCUUGAAGUUCCUGGUGACGCUGAUGUGUGCUACCCCAAUAUAGAUGGAUUUGUGUCAGCGCUGCUCUUCUCGGUGGAAACACAGAGGACUAUCGGUUAUGGUGCUCGCACGGUGUCGCCACGCUGCUACGAAGGUGUGCUUUUGGUCAUGGCGCAGUGCAUUGUGGGAUCCAUGAUUGAUGCCCUUAUGGUGGGCUGCAUGUUCGUCAAAAUUUCGCGUCCCAAGAAGCGUGCAGAAACACUUCUUUUCAGCCGGACAUGUGUUGUGUCCAAUCGUGAUGACCGUCUCUGCCUUAUGUUCCGUCUCGGGGAUCUGCGUGACAGCCACAUGGUGGAUGCUAAAGUGCGUGCUAAACUUAUCAAAUCUCGGCAGACGUCAGAGGGGGAAUUUCUCCCGCUGGAGCAGUCUGAGAUCGACUUGGGCUAUGAGAGUGGCUCUGAUCGUCUGUUCCUGGUGGAGCCACAGGUCAUUCAACACACCAUCGAUUCCAGCAGUCCAUUCUGGGAACUUGGGCCAGAGCAGCUGCGAAAGCAGCAGUUUGAGAUUAUUAUCAUCUUGGAAGGAAUUGUGGAAGCAACAGGAAUGAUGUGCCAAGCGAAGACUUCAUACAUCGAGACGGAGAUCGAAUGGGGAGCCCGGUUUGAGCCGUGCAUGACACUGGAGAAAGGGGCGUUUCGAGUCGACCUCAGACGUUUCCACAGCACAUAUCCGGUGCCUCUUCCACCCUGCAGCGCACAGGAACAGCAUCACCUACACACCCUGCAAGUGGGACUGGAUCUCCAGGAAUCUCUCAAAGACAGUGUUAAAUGGAAACUGGGCGGGGACGAUCAGGAAGACGACAUUGUGAAACUACCAGGAGCAUGUACUUUCACUAUCCACAACAUCCAGGAGGAGCGAGUGUCAGAAAUCAACGAAUGCUAAUCUCUUCAGUUGUUUUGAGUCAUGUCCAAAAAUCUUAAGUAGCCUAAAGAAUUGUGCAUAUAGAGACUGAAUUAGCUUUGUCGUUUACUUUUUGAGAGUGGGCUAUGGCUGCAGAGGAUGUUUUUCCCCUCCUUCGCAAUUCGUGUUUCUGUGGAACAUUUAGUGGUUACAGAAAAAAUUAUACGCUUAAUAAGAUACACUAAACCUUGUUGUUGGGAGAGGCGUGACAAGACAAUAUGUCAUCUACAGUAGGCUCAAAAUAUGAAAAAUUUAUUCUUAAAAAAUCGCAUCUUACUUCACGAUUUGGUCAGUUACCCGGAUGCGCCGCCAUACUGGCAAUACUCGAAUGUAAACAACAGCAUUUUUUUUGCACGGUUAAUGUACUACUAAAUAUGUUGUUCUGCUAAUUUUGCUGUCUAAACCACUGAAAAAAAAAUGUGUGGAAGCUGCUAAAUCAUAUAGAGAAGAACUUAGUAAGCAGGAAAGGGCGUAGUAUUUUGACAAACUUAAGUUACACCUAAGAUACAGUGAUAGAUACACUACCGUUUUUUUUUUUUUUUUUUAAGAAAUUAAUACUUUUAUUCACCAAGGAUGUAUUAAGUUAAUAAUGAAAAGUUUAUUAAAAGUUAAUAAUCAAUAAUUUACAUUGUUAUAAAAUAUUUAUAUUUUGAAUAAACACUGUACUUUUUAAACUUGUUAUUCAUGAAAGAAUCCUGAAAAAAAAAAAAUCACAGGUUCCAAAAAAUAGUUGGCAGCACAACUGUUGAUAUUAUCCAACACUGAUCAUUCUAAUAAUAAAUCCGCAUAUUAGAAUGAUUUCUGAAGGAUCAUGUGACACUUAAGACUGGAGUAACAGCUGAUAAAAAUUCAGCUUUUCAUCACAGGAAUAAAUUCUAUUUUAAAGUAUGUUAAAAUAAAAAACAUUAUUUUAUAUUGUAAAAACAUUUUGCAAUAUUACUGUUUUUUUUUUUUUUUUUUUUUUGUAUAUUUUUAAUCAAAUAAAUGCAGCCUUGAUGAGCAUAAGAGACUUCUUUAAAGACUAUUAGAAGUCUUACUGACCCCAAACUUUUGAACGGUAGUGUAUGUACGAGCAGUAUUAAUUACGAUAUUAGCCUAAUAUUUCACCUAUAUGACAGGAAAUGAUAAGAACAAAAACGAAUGUUGUCAAGUAUCUUGCCCUGGAAGUCCUAAUUCAGUUUGGCCAACCACAAACGCCUUUUUGUUUCUCAGCUUUUGCACUCUUCUCCUUGAUUUGUUAUAACUUUUAGCAGUAUAUAGUACUCUAAAUGUUUUCCCGGUCUGACCGAUUAGUACAGCCCAAAAUGUGACAAUAAUUAAACAUUUUCAGCAGCAAUAAUCAGCAAAAUCCUAAAAAUGUAGGAGUGGUGUGGAUGAGACCAGUAGUUUGCAAU